AUGGCGCAGAACCUGUAUGGCCCACGAGUGCGGAUGGGCAACUGGAACGAGGACGUGUACCUGGAGGAGGAACGCAUGAAGGAUUUCCUGGACAAGCGAGCCAGGGGUCAGCUUCUCAUCCAGCGAAACAGAAGACUCAAAAGUGCUCUUCUGAGACCGACACAGCUCUCCGUGCCAGAGGAUGGCUACAUCCAUUUUGGCGACCAUGUGAUGCUGAUGAAUCCGGACUACCCCGAGACAGAGGCGGAGCUGGUGCUGGCUGGCGACCUGAGCCUGUGUAUGACCCCGGAUGAGAUCAAAGCCUUCUUGAGCGAUGAGUUAGAGGUGCCUUGUGGCUUGAGCGCGGCUCAAAUCAAGACACCGGUGAGCAGAAACACCUUCGUUGUCUUAAGCGCUGGAGGGGAUGCCACGGCCACUGGUGAAGUCCUUCGCUACGGGCAGAACUUCUGCCUCGGGAUAGCAGGAGGCGUUGAGAACACGAUGUUAUAUUUAUCGAGUGACCACAGGACCCUUUUGAAGUCAUCCAAGAGGUCGUGGCUGCAGGAAGUGACCCUGACUGAUGAGGUCUCCCACCUGAACUGUUGGCAGGCUGCUUUCCUCGACCCCCAGCUCCGGCUAGAAUAUGAAGGCUUCCCCGUCCCGGCCAACACGAAGCUGGUCAUCAGCCACUGCCACACGAACCGGGCACUGGCGGCCCACCGGCAUCUGUUUUUAAGCACCUACUUCGGGAAGGAAGCUGAGGUUGUGGCUCACACCUACCUGGAUUCACACAGGGUGGAAAAACCCAAGAACCACUGGAUGCUGGUGACCGGGAAUCCCAGGAAUGAUGCGUCCACCAUGCUGGAUCUGCCCAAGCCACCGGCCGAGGACACCCGAGCCGUGGAGCAGGCCAUGGGCCUCAACACGCAGUAACACACCUGGCACACACGUGGUCUCUGGGGGCCCUGCUGUCAUCACACAUAGCUUACAUGGGAAAGAAACCGCCUUAGUCACAUCUCAAAAUAUCUUUCAGUGAAGUAGAGAACUCUCUGGAUAUUCUGUUAAAGCGAAGGCUGUCUGUAGAUUGUGGGGUUAGCAGCUCUGGGAAACACACAGUAUUUGAAAAUGGCUUGAUGGACUGUCCGAAGAACUCAGCUGCUUGUCCUUCAGCCUGCCAGCCUUGGCAAAAGAGAUAGAUUUCGGGUGCCACCCUGGAGGCAGGGUACCACCAGUUCCCCCUGUACUCUGCACAACCCGCUGGGGAGUCCAUGGCGUGUGGCUGUGAACUGUGGCCUUGUGAGACGGCCCGUGUGUUGCUCCCGUCUGGCUUAGGGUCAGGUUCCUCCCUGUCCCCCACCCCCAGCCUGGAACCUGCCAUUGUGUGAUGAUUGACAAGCUGCAGAAUCCUCCUGUCUCUAGCUCAUCCUUGAAACUCAGCAGCCGUGUGAUUAGAGAGCUCCUAGCAGAAUAA